AUGCAUCCCGAGCAGCUCGGCUCGCUCGGCUCGCUCGGCUCGCUCGGCUCGCUUGGCCAGCCGCGCGUCGCACGCCGGAUCGCCGCCGACCGACAGCGUCUUUCGCCGGGAGCUCGAUGUCGCAGCCACCGCAGCCACCGCAGCCGGCGGGGGGGGCCGUCGCCGAGGAGCCGCGCGGCACAGGUGGGCCAGCGCCGGCGGCCGCGUCGCUUGGUUAAGGCCGCGCGCUUUGCAGACGGCGAGCGCGCCAAGGCGCCCGGCGACGGUCCCGCGGACGGGCCGGUCCCCAAGGCCGGCGCCGCGGCCAGCCCGCGCGCCAGCAGCGCCAGCCAGCAGGACAUCUGCCGCAUCUGCCACAUGGGCUCGGCCUCGCGGCAGAGCUGCGCCGGCGCGCCGGCCGCGCCCGGGCCGCUGGUGUCGGCGUGCCGCUGCCGCGGCAGCGUGGGCCUGGUGCACGCGCGCUGCCUGGAGCGCUGGCUGACGGAGAGCGGGCACACGCGCUGCGAGCUGUGCGGCCACCGGUACGCGGCGGUGCGCGUGCCGCGGCACGGGCCGCUGCGCUCGCUGCUCGCCUGGACGCGCGGCUUCGUGGCCACGCGGCAGAUGCUGCUGGACGCGCUCUACCUGCUGGUCAGCACGCCGCUGGCCGCCUUCUCCGCCUACGUGUGCGCGGCCACGCUGAGCAUGGCGCUGGACAGCCGCCUGGACGAGGUGCCCUGGACGGUGGUGGCCCUGCUGCCCACCUGCUCGCUCACGCUCGUCGCCUACUGGGGCUGGCUGCUGACGCUGCGCAGGCUGCACGGCCGACGCUGGCGCCAGCACUGGCAGAGCAACUUCGUGGUGCGGCUGCUGCCCGAUGCGCUGCCCGACGAGGAGCCGCGCGCCGCCGAGCCGCGCGAGGACGACGACUUCUACGACGAGCUCUACGACGACCUGCCGGAGCUGCUGGAGCUCAUCUGA